AUGAUGCUCUAUGGAUUCUUCGAAAUGCAUAUACAACAAGUGCAUUUAUGCCCCGACCUUGACGAAGCUAAAGGUUCCUUUGCUAAGGCAGCCCAGUACUAUGAGCAAGCAUCAGCAUUGACAGGGCAAACAGUUGCCAUCAAGAAGAUUCCUUUUGGGACGCAGAAAGGGGUGAACUUCACAGUUUUGAGAGAAAUUAAAUUGCCUAAGGCGUCUGAGGAUAUCAGCAGCUGCUGCAGAGUUAUAAAGGCAUCCAAAAAUCAACCUAAGCGAAGUCGAAGAAGAAGAAAUAGAUGUUCGAGUUCUUCAACGGCUCAUAGGUGGGCUUUUAGCUGUUGUGCUCGGACCUCACCAAGGGAUGUCCAAUGCCUCUUGGUCAGAUGCAUUGCUCGUGAACUCUUGACGUGCUUGGUAAUGCAACCUGUUAUGAAUUUCGCAAGCCCCGACAAAGAUCAUGUCUCCUCAUCUCUUCUUUUCCUAAGCAUGUUGCCUGUAGCUAUUGGAACUAAAAAGCAGGCACUUCCAUUCGCUAUCAGUAUGCAACUUGUCUGA